CUUACGUGAAAAUAUCAUAAUUCAAGAUGAUAAUUAUAGUUGUCUUUCUUUGUCCCCUGAAGCAAGUUCCUCUUUGUCUCAUAUCAGACGUGAAAAUAAUAUAUUCCAAGAUGAUGAUAUUAAUUUUUUCUCUAUACUACCUGAGACUAGUUUUAUUUUUUCUUAUACUGAAUAUGAUACUAUGACUCAGAACAAUAAUAAUAAUUAUUCCUCUUUAAUUUCUGUGACAAAUUCUAGUGAAGACCCUAAUGAAGCUAAUUUACAGGUCAUCAUUA